CGGAAGUCCGUUCCGCAUUUCGCUUCGGAUUGACAACAAAAUAAACAGGAGUGAAAGUGAAAUCGUGAAUAUGCGAGGAUCAUCGAUCAGCUGAAGGAGAUUUGAACCGACAUGGCCUGUUAGAGUUGUGUCAGUGAUGGAGGAGAUGGAGGAGGAGCCGCUGGAGGGGAUUGAGGAUGAUAAUCAUAACUGUGGCGCUGAGGGAGUGUGUGUGAGUGUGUGUUCACCUGCUCAGGUGUGUGUGGACGAUGACUCCAGUAGUGAGUCCGAUAGUUCGGGCACUUCGGCGACUCACAGCUCCGCGCUGCUCCUGAACUCCGCGGCCUCCAAGUUCCUCCUGAACGCGAUGACGGCAGAAGAUUACAGGACCGUUUACUGGCCGAAACUAGAGAGAGCCAUUGAGCAUCUGCUCACUCAGAGCCCACUGGAGCACAUCUCCAUCUCCUACGAACAGAUCUACAGUCACGUUUAUAAGUGCGUGUGCCAACAGCACUCAGAGCUGCUCUACAACGACCUGAUGUGGAAGAUCACGUCUCAUCUAGAGCAAGUGUCUUCUGAGCUACAGGCCAGUCCUCCAGAACAGUUGAUUGAGAACUUCAACGUGGCUCUGACUCAGUACACCGCCGCCCUUCACUGCAUCGUCCCCGUCUUCAUCUAUAUGAACAAGUUCUACAUCGAGACCAAGCUGAACCGAGACCUGCGGGACGAUCUCAUGAAGCUGUUCUCAGAUCAUGUAGCGGAGAAGCACGUCAGUGUGUUACUGCCUCUUCUUAAAAAGGCUCAUUCCAUGCCAUUUCAAGUCAACCCGUCGACUAUGGAGAGUGUUGUGAAAGGUCUUUACACCCUCCGGCCAGACUGGGUCCCUCUCGCUCCGGCCCUGUUCUCCAGGUUCAUUCCUCAGAUCGCUCCUCCGGCGCUGGAGUCUCAGCUGGAGUAUUACGCGGCUCAGGACCAGAAGCUACAGAUGGAGCUCUUUCAGAACGGCGUCUCCAGGGGCGAUCAGUCUCGGAAGCGAGCGAGUGAAGAAUCGUGACUGCGAAGUGGGUUUUUACACUACUUCAGUGAACCGAAAGACUUUAUCCGAUGCUUCAUACAGUCCUUUGGGAAUUCUCGGAUAUUUUGAGGAUUUGCAAAAGCAUUACAGAACUACACAAGCAUGAGCAGCAUCACUAUGGCCUUCAGUGUGUGUGUGUGUGUGUGUGUGUGUGUGUGUGUGUGUCCAGUUAUACAGGAGCUGGAUUUAUAGACCUGCUCUUUUCUCUUGUUCUGGAUUCACAGAAUACAUCAUGUUUCCAGGUUGAUUAGUCCAAUCAGGCUGUUUUCUAAGUUAUAUUUCCCUCAGUGACAUCAUCAUCAUCAUCCGGUGGUCUCAGAAUGGAUGGUUUUAUGCGUGUUUUAAUGUGGCCGGCGUUAGACUGAAGGAACGUGAUGUUGGAUGUUUUGCCAAGUGAUGAAUGAAGGUAUUCAGAAUUCAGAUUAAUACCUACUUGUUUUAAAAUGCAAAGUUUUGAUUUUAUUUUAGGAUCACUACUGUGGUUAACAGAGUUAUAUUCGGUUUGACACACUUUUAUCUGACGACCAUAUUACCUAAUCAUGACGUGCCUUUGGCUAUUUGCCUUUUUUCCUUUUAGACCUUUUUAAGUGAAAUGUGAUAAGUGAAUCAUGUUUUUUUUUUUUUUUAAUGACAACUGCAGAUUUUUUUUUUCUUUUUGCAUUAGUAGAUUAUCUAAUAGUUAUGGAAGCCCAUUUGCACCACAUAGAAAUAAAUUAUGCUGUGGUGAUUAUGACAUGAAAAGUCGAUAUUAACAUUCUAAGUCAAAAUUCUGAGAGGAAACAGUCAUAAUUGAGAUUAAAAAUUAAAAUUAUGACUUAAAAAGUUGAAAAUGUCAUUUUUUUGUCAAAUUAAGAGAUUAAGUCAUAAUUAUAAAAUGGUCUUAAAUCAAAAUCAACAUACACAGUCAAAAUUCAUAAAGAUAAAGUCAUAAUUAUGAACUAAAUUGUCUUGAAUUAAUUGAUGAGAAAGUCAAUUUCAACUUUUAAUCUUAUCAUUAUUAUGACAAAAUUAUUAUAAUUUUGACUUUUCAUUAUUAUGAAGAAAUGUGCUUCCAUAAAUAUUAAAAACAAUCACACAUUUAACCUGAAACCGAAAUAACCGAUGUGAGAAACAGGUGUAAAAUAAAGGGCUGCUCGUAAUUCAUCUAAAACUAGUUGAGUUAAGUCAAUAACAAACAGUAUUAAAAUUAUAUAAUGCUAAAUAGAUCACUAGUUAAAUAUUUGAAUAUAUUUAUGAAGUAUAUUCAAGCGUUAUAUAAUAUAAUUGGUUGAAAAAUAUUUUUUAAAGUGAGUAGGAAUUAAGCAAAACGUAUUGAUCACCAUGUUCAGAGAGUUAUGGGUAAUUCCUGUUGAACUCAUCUUAAAGUCAGCCCUCGGGUAUGUGUAAGAUAAUCUUUUCAAAGAUAAUUUCAUUACAAAACAAUGUAUGAAAAGAGUAAAACGGCAACACUUGAAAAUAAACGGUUUUCA